UGUAACAAAAAUAGAGUCAAACGUCGCUGUUAUAAAAAACCAAAGUCAAAAAAUGAUAUGAUAGAACUCAAUUCCCAAAAUAUAAGAAACCCUAUCAAAAAUGAACAUGAAAUGGAAAAUAAAAAUGCAAAUGAAGAGGUAGAGGAUCCAUGUUCCAGUGAUAGUUCUUCAGACACUAUAAUUUAUGAGACUAUAGGCUCAGAACCACAAGAAGAUAAAAUAUUGAAUGAUGUUGAACCGAUUGACGAAAAUAGUAUUCUUUUAUCCAUAAUUGAUGAUGGUGCAGAUUUAACACCGGUUGAAAAUAUGGAUCCAGAAAUCCAAAUAUCACGAAAAAAAGAAGAAUUGAUGACCCAAAUAUUUGAUGACGAUCCCUGCAUCUAUGAAAAUCAAAUACAGUCGGAACAAGCAGAUGCUGAUAGUACUGAUUUCCUAUUGUCCUUGAUAUAAAUUGGUGAAAAAAUAUUUGGAAAUCUUGUUAAUUACUUAUAAAUUUAUUACAUUUUGAAAUGGAAA